UAUAAUGCAAGGGACCUCCUUUUUAACCACAAACCGAAUUUUCGUUCAUUUAGACGAUAUAUACUUUUUAAAUUGCUCCAAAGUUGUAGGAUUUUUUUGGAACGCAUUUCGCCCUGGAGCGGUACGCCAUGCUCUCUCACGCCGACCUCCUGGAUGCUCGGCUCGGUGAGUUAUCAUCACUAAACUCCGGCCCUAAACUCCAGUGGAUGAAGGAUGCUGCAGAGUUACUCGGACACCGAGAGGCUCUCAAGUGCCGGCUGGGAGGUGGUGUGCCAGACCAGGGGCAUCCGGGAGACAUGGCCCCUGGUUCAGACUCUGUGGAAGGGACCACUCUCCUGCCGGGAGAAGACAUCGCCACAGUGGGAUCCAACUCUGCCGGCAUGCCGGUGAACGGGAAGGAGCAAGAGAAGCAGCAGCAGCAGCCGCAACAGAACUCCGGCCAGUCCGCCAGCCAGCAGAAACAGAAGCGGCACAGGACGCGCUUCACGCCGGCGCAGCUCAAUGAGCUGGAGCGCAGCUUCGCCAAAACCCACUACCCCGACAUCUUCAUGAGGGAGGAGCUGGCGCUGAGGAUCGGCCUCACCGAGUCCAGAGUUCAGGUCUGGUUUCAGAACAGACGCGCUAAGUGGAAGAAAAGGAAGAAGACUACCAAUGUUUUCCGCGCGCCCGGGACUCUGCUCCCAACGCCGGGCCUGCCGCAGUUCUCCACCAUGGAGAACAGCCUGUGCUCCUUUCACGCCAACGACUCUCGCUGGGCCACGGGGAUGCCGGGAGUCUCCCAGCUGCAGCUCCCGCCGGCCCUGGGCCGCCAGCCGGGCAUGGCGCAGUCUCUGUCACAGUGCAGCCUGGGUCCGGGCCCGCCGCCAAACUCCAUGGGUCUCUCCAACGGCCUGUCCUCCAACGGGUCCGGUCUGCAGUCCCACCUCUACCAGACGCCUUUCCCCGGAAUGUCGGCCUCUCUCUCCGGCCCCACGAACGUAUCGGGCUCCCCGCAGCUGUGUAGCUCCCCGGACAGUGACAUGUGGAGAGGGACAAGCAUCGCGUCACUGAGGCGCAAAGCGCUGGAGCACACAGUGUCCAUGAGUUUCACUUAGUGAUUUUUCCCAAACCCCACCACACCCUUCUGCCCCCGACUCCCUCUACCAGCCCCAUCCCGCGGCUCCUCUUUUUCUUCUGUUUUUACUCCCGCUAUUUAGAUCAAAACGAGAGAGCGGGCGAGCUAAUCAGGCCUGAAAUGUGAGAAAAUGGAGAUGAAUGUGACUUCACGGUGAUUGAAAAAAAAU